UGCUGUCACGUGAUAUGUUAUGGCGCUUGAGAUUACGUAAUUUCCGCGGGUUUCCGGAAGUUGAGAUGGGGGCGAUGGAUUGUUUGUAGUGGCGGCGGAACUAUUGUCAAAAUUGUGCUAUCAACAAUACAGACAAUAUCCCGAGGUCAAAUAUUUAAAGAGCUGAUCACUGGAAAAGUCCUGAAUAAAUGACCUGUUCGCCCAUUUAGAAGCGGUGGAUCUCGCACGAGGCCAUGGAUAAGGAGAUGCUAGGAGGGGUUGCGGAUCCGAUGGUGGCCGGGGCAACAGCAGGGAGCGCCACUGUACUGAGUCGUUCGGAGGACGAGGAGUCGGCAGGUGGCAAAGACGUCAAAAGGACCGCAACGCAAGCAUUCAGUGGGGUGGUCCCUAAACGCAGGAGCUCCUCUAGGUCCAUCAAGCGGAAGAAGUUUGAUGACGAGCUGGUGGAGAGCAGCCUGGUGAAGUCGUCCAGCCGGGUCAAAGGCCCGCCCGUGAUGGAGCCCGCCCGCUUCUCCGGGAGCGAGACCUCCUCGGCUGAAAAGAAGAAGGUGUCCAAGUCCAGCAUGCUGCCGGCGCCCCCUAUGGCCGCCGUGGUGACGCCGCUGCCCAUCACCAAGCGGGUGAAGAAGAGCCGGCAGCCGCUGCAGAUCACCAAGGACCUGGGCCGGUGGAAGCCCGUGGACGACCUGCUGCUCAUCAACGCCGUGCUGCAGACCACAGACCUGACCGCAGUCCACCUCGGGGUGAAGUUCAGCUGCCGGUUCACCUUACGGGAGAUCCAGGAGCGGUGGUACGCCCUGCUGUACGACCCGGUCAUCUCAAAGUUAGCGUGGCAGGCCAUGCGACAGCUCCACCCAGAAGCCAUCGCCGCCAUCCAGUGCAAAGCCCUCUUCAGCCAGGCUGAGGAGGCCCUGCUGGCCAAGAUCGGCUCAUCGAGCCAGCCCAAGCUGGAGGUGUUCCAGGACCUGCUGAACAAGCACCCGGGCGUGUUCUACCCCUCCCGCACUCCCAAGAGCCUCCUGGUGCACUGGCAGCUGCUCAAACAGUACUACCUGCUGGAUGACCAGAGCGUUCAGCCCCUCCCUAAAGGAGACCAGGUGCUCAAUUUCUCGGACGCGGAGCAGCUGGUGGACGAGGCCAAGCUCAAGGAGAGCAGGGACGAGGUGCUGGAGCACGAGCUGAUGAUCGCUGACCGGCACCAGAAGAGAGAGAUCAGACAGCUGGAACAGGAGCUUCCACGCUGGCAGGUUCUGGUGGACAGCAUCACAGGAAUGAACUCCCCCGACUUUGACAACCAGACUCUGGCGGCGUUACGCGGGCGGAUGGUGCGCUACCUCAUGAGGUCCAGAGAGAUCACAUUGGGCCGGGCCACCAAGGACAAGCAGAUAGACGUGGACCUGUCUCUGGAGGGGCCCGCUUGGAAGAUCUCCAGGAAACAAGGGAUCAUCAAGCUGAAGAACAACGGGGACUUCUUCAUCGCCAACGAGGGCCGCAGGCCCAUCUACAUCGACGGGAGACCGGUGCUGUCGGGGAACAAGUGGAAACUCAACAACAACUCGGUGGUGGAGAUCGCAGGCCUCCGCUUCGUCUUCCUCAUCAACCAGGAGCUGAUCGCCCUCAUCAAAGCCGAGGCUGCCAAGAUGAGCCAGCAGUGAGGGGCGGGGCAGGAAGGAGGAGCCGAACCGCGGGGCGGCGCGGGAUUGCGGGCCGACGCUCAGCCAGGGCCCAGACACGGCAGUGGAGCGGGGCCGCCUCACAUGGGUCGCCGCGGUGACCCGAGGAUCCGGACUUCAGUGGCAGGGAGUGAGCGGGAGGGACUUUCCUUUCCGAUGCCCCGCGGCCAUCUUGGAUGAACUUCAGCCUCUACACGCGAUCCAGGAAUGACCACAUUCCUUCUUCACUCUCAACACGUCUUAAAACUGACCCUGAACUUUUUUGUGCUGUUGUUCCUGACUGUCCCCCCCCACACCCCCUUUCAACCAUUGGAUGCUUGAACACACCUCAGAAAUUCAUACAUCUUUAGCUUUUUGUUUGAGGUUCUGUUGAGUCAGCGGGUGCGCUCGUGGUAAAAUGCGCCCUCAGGCAGAUGGCCUCAGGAACCCUUUGCAGCCGAGCUUAUGGAAUAGAAAACGAAGUGCAGAUAUUGACUUGUAACCUAAUAUAAGAAAAGAUUCUGGCUAUCUACACAAUUAGCAAAAUUCCAGUAAAUAGAUUUUUUUUUUUUUUUUUACUCAAACUGGUCAAAGGAAUUCAAUGAUCAGCGCUGGAGGUGCUUCCAGCAGCUGCUGCAUCAUACCCACCAUACUGGGACACAAACCGGCUCAGUGACUAGCUAUCCUAGUUUUAGGCAAACAGCCGUAUGCCUGUACAGUACAAAACACAUUUCCCAAAGUCCUGAAGGGUGUUGAUAUCGACCGAGUGCACGACACCAGAUUCAACUGGCAGCUUCGAGUUCAGUCGAAGAGGCGUUUCUUUUUUUCCUUUCGGCGGCUUCCAUUAGACCGGCCCCCUUGUGAUUGAUAGCGAUGACAUGCAGAAUCUCAAGUCGGCAUGGUAACGCCGCCCUGUCGGCGUGGCCUGCAGGGCUGAAAGGGAACGCGGCCACAGCCCGCUAGCCCCCAGACGUUCAGGAUAUCGUUCCUCUCAGUUCACCUUUAAACUCUGUAUUUUAGAAAAUACUCAUUAAAUUGCUUUUAUGUGAAUUU